CCUCCAAGCAACUACAAAUCGGUCCGAAUCCACGCUGGUUCCGCGCGUCAGGAUUUCUCGAGUCUCCAGUCUCCGCCCUUCCCAGUGCUCCCGGGGCGGUGGAUUCGCGGCGCGAUUUGCAACUAUCGCAAAACCGUUCGCCGGAACGGGGCGCGGGGUGUGGUGCACGGGCUGCGAUCGCGGGGAAUAGUGCGCUACAGAGCAGCUGUUUCUCCAGCAGCAGCAACGGUUUGCCCUCGGGAUACGCAGGAAGAAGAAAACGUGAACAGAAAAAAAAACUCACACCCGCCGCUUAAUAAUACGCAAAAACUUCUGUGAUGCCGAUUGGGGAGAGUCGCAAUGUGCAAUAUUAUUAAGUGCCGAGCAACGAACGACUAUGAUUUCCUAGUGCAUAAUUAUAGUAGCAGCAGAUUGUAGUGAAGCUCCAGCGAGCUGUUGACGGGCUGUAUUCCGAGAAGAAAAAGACGCAAGAAGAAAAAGAAGAAGAAAAAACGAAGAAGCCAAUCUCAUAAUGAAGAGGAGAAAAUUAAUGAAUCGAAAAUUAUGAAAUCCAAUAAUAAUAAAUUAUGUGAAACAGGCUGGCGCAAAGAAUCUAUUACAGUGAAUUUAUUCUCCCGAGAGGGGCAGCGCAGGAGGGAAAAAAGUGAACACAAAGUAGCGAAAGAAUAAAGUGAGGCCGAAGCCAGAAUAUCAACAAGCCCCAUUCGGGGAAGGAGCCUCCAGUUAGUGGAGGAGAUGUGGAUUAAGGCGAUCGUCGUGGGCGGUGGUGGUGGUGGUGGUCGUUGUGCUCAUGAAGGACGAUGGCUCAGGAUGAAACCGCCAAUGUUAUUCGCUUGUGUCCGUCGCUGUGCGGAAUAUCUGAGGCUCCAAGUGGCCGAGAGAUAAGUUGUAAUCUUUUGCCUUGGUUAGACAAACUUUUUCGGAAUUUUUUACCUCUCACGUUGAGGAGUGUGUAAAAGGCACACUUUGAACAUAGCCUGGAGCGGUAGCUAAAUUGAUGACUGCCUUCUUAUAUAGAGUUCUAAUUGUGUGCGAACGAGAAGAAGAGGAAGAAGGCGGAAAAACCAUCAGAGAAAAUUGCAGCGGAUAAUCGCGUUGCCCUGCGGUUAUAGUGCAAGGAAGUAGUUAACGAUUUACAGAAAGAAAAAGUGAAAAAGGUCGAAAUGGUGCAGGAAAGCUGAAAGUAAAUUGAGAGGUGGCUUGGCCUGGAAGUGAGAAACAGCUAGUGAACUGCAGUGCCGUGCCAUGUGAAGAAAACGCCCACCGAUUGUGAAACAGUGAAACCGUCAAAAGUUUACAUAACUUCUACACCUACUUCAUUGCAGGAUUUCUUACGACAGCGGAGGGCGUUGAGUAGAAAAAGGGGUGGCAAUUUUAGGUCAUCAAAUAUUUAUCAGCUACCUGCUAUUGAAUUCAUUGUUGUGUAGCACUCGUCCGUAAAAUCUGAAUAAUAAAACCCAACAACAACCGAUCUUCCAUUUAAUGUAGAUUCGACAACACUAUACAUUUCGCACGGAAAAAAAAUCCUCUCUUUAUCUCUCUCAAAAAGCCAAUGAAAUAACUAUCAAAUAUGUCACGGCGGUGACACAUGACAAAGUUGUAACCGAAAACGGAAAAAGUGUCAGCGUGGCGACGGGCUCCGUACGAGAGUAGAGGAAAAAAAAUCUUCAAAAAAAAAGUACUAGCAAAUAUCCACGCCCUCUAGCAGGGGAGGAAUAAAAAAUCACUGAGCACACACAAACACACGCACGCACAUAGCAUCCAAAGGGAGGGGCGCAUUAAAAUAAUAAGUUCGCGAGGGAAUUGAGACAUGGGGCUGCGGGCGGCCUCGAGUGCCGCGUUACUGACAGCCUUUGCCAGCGUCCUUCUCCUCCUCCUAGCGUGGAUACCCCAAAGUGCACUGGCAUCACAUGGGAAUUUCUCCGAUUUUCCCUUCAUUUACAUGACACAUCCACCAGAGAUAAUCAGGAAACCGUCGAACCAGGGAGUGAGAGUUGGGGGCGUCGCGACGUUCUUCUGCGGAGCGAGAGGUGAUCCCCAGCCGAGUAUCGUCUGGCGAAAGAAUGGGAAGAAAAUCAUGGGUACCCAAUCACGCUACUCGGUGAUCGAUUCCAACGGAGUUUCUAUGCUGCGCAUUGAACCGGUACGAGCUGGCCGAGAUGAUGCACCGUACGAAUGCAUGGCGGAAAACGGAGUCGGCGAUGCGGUUUCGGCUGAGGCAACAUUAACAGUUUACGAACCUGACAAAACGCCGGCGGGUUUCCCUGUCAUCACCCAAAGUCCUACAACGCGCGUAAUUGAAAUCGGUCACACCGCCGUGAUGCAGUGUAAAGCAACUGGUUCGCCACCCCCGAAGAUCUACUGGAUCAAGGACAUGAAGCGUGUGGACAUGACCAAUCCCCGCUACAGCAUCAACAGUGAAGGAAGCCUCCAGAUAGACAACAGCGAGGAAAGCGAUAUGGGGCGGUACGAAUGCGUGGCGGAGAACUCUGUUGGAACGGAACACACCAAACAGACAAAUUUAUAUGUGAAAGUUCGACGCGUUCCACCAACAUUUUCCCGACCCCCGGAACCGAUCUACGAGGUUAUGCUUGGCGGCAACCUAACGCUGACCUGUGUGGCUGUUGGCUCACCGAUGCCGUACGUCAAAUGGCGCCAAGGAAUUGACCAGGAUCUGACCCCGGAGAAUGAUGUUCCGGUGGGGCGAAACAUUCUCGAAUUGAGCAAUAUAAGACACAGUGCCAAUUACACCUGCGUCGCAUCCUCGACACUAGGAGUCAUCGAAGCGACCACGCUGGUAAAGGUGCAAUCGCUGCCCGCUGCCCCAACCGAUGUGACGAUAUCGGAGGUAACCGCAACCCAGGUUCGCCUAGAGUGGUCGUACAAGGGACCGGAGGAUUUGCAGUAUUACGUUAUCCAGUACAAACCGAAGAACGCUAAUCAGGCGUUCAGCGAGAUCAGCGGGAUCAUUACCAUGUUUUACGUGGUGCGGACUCUUAGUCCGUACACCGAGUACGAGUUUUAUGUAAUCGCUGUGAACAAUAUCGGUAGAGGGCCACCCUCGCUGCCAGCUACAUGUACCACCGGAGAGACAGGUGAUUCCACGUAUGGAGGCUCCAAAAUGGAAAGCGCACCGAGGAACAUUCAAGUGCGCCCGUUAAGUUCAUCGACAAUGGUUAUCACCUGGGAGCCACCUGAGACGCCUAAUGGACAAGUGACAGGCUACAAAGUUUACUACACCACCAAUCCCAACCAGCCGGAAGCAUCCUGGGAUUCCCAGAUGGUGGACAACAGUGAGCUGACGACCAUCUCGGAGCUGACGCCGCACGCAAUCUACACCAUUCGAGUGCAAGCGUUCACCUCGAUGGGGGCCGGUCCAAUGUCCAAUCCGGUACAGGUCAAAACACAGCAAGGCGUUCCCUCCCAACCGAGCAACUUCCGCGCUACCGAUAUUGGCGAAACAGCUGUCACUCUCCAGUGGUCCCGGCCAACCCACUCGGGCGAGAACAUCGUGCACUACGAGCUCUACUGGAAUGACACCUAUGCAAACGAGCAGCAUCAUCAGCGUAUUCCCAACACGGAAACGUACACCCUGAACAGUCUCUAUCCGGAUACUUUGUACUACUUUUGGCUGGCGGCUCGCUCUCAAAGAGGCGAAGGUGCAACCACUCCACCGAUUCCAGUUCGAACGAAACAAUAUGUACCUGGUGCACCACCACGUAAUAUAACAGUUGAAGCCACCAGUCCGACGACGAUCAACGUGUCCUGGCUGCCCCCGCCAGUGGAACGCUCGAACGGGGCGAUUGUGUACUAUAAAGUGUUUUUCGUGGAGGACGGACGCUCCGAUAGUGAGGCCACCGUGACCACCCUCAACUCCACCAGUAUCAUGCUGGAUGAGCUGAAGCGCUGGACCGAGUACAAGAUCUGGGUGCUCGCCGGGACAUCGGUGGGCGACGGGCCCCGGUCCUAUCCGGUUACUGUUCGAACCCACGAAGACGUGCCUGGAGAUCCACAGGAUGUGAAAGCCAGUCCAAUGAACUCCACCACGAUUCAUGUAUCCUGGAAGCCACCAAAGGAGAAAAAUCGAAACGGCAUCAUUCGAGGCUACCAUAUUCACGUACAGGAGAUGCGUGAAGAGGGCAAAGGUCUUCUGAACGAGCCGAUGAAGUUCGAUGUGGUGGAUGCUUUGGAGUACAACGUAACCGGCCUGCAACCGGAUACCAAAUACUCCGUCCAAGUGGCAGCAUUAACGCGAAAGGGUGACGGCGAUCGAAGUGCACCGAUAGCGAUCAAAACGCCCGGUGGAGUUCCGAUCCGACCAACGGUGAACCUGAAAAUACUCGAACGUGAUCCCACGGUGUCCAUCGAGCUGGAAUGGGAACGGCCGAAACAGACGUACGGUGAGCUGCGUGGAUACAGAGUGAAAUGGGGAGUUCGGGAGCAGCCACUGAAUGAGGAGUCCAUGUUGGGACCUCACACGUUGACCAAAAAGAUCAACGACUUGGAACGGGGUGUAGAAUAUGAAUUCAGGGUUGCGGGAAUGAAUCAUAUCGGAAUUGGGCAAGAAGCGGUGAAAUAUCUGCAAACACCAGAAGGUACACCAACCGGACCUCCAACAGAUAUUGUCGUGAGGUUCCAAACUCCUGACGUGGUAUGUAUUACUUGGGAACCUCCGACAAGGGAGCACAGAAACGGACAAAUUACAAGAUACGACGUUCAGUUUCACAAGAAGAUCGAUCAUGGUUUGGGUACAGAGAGGAACACAACCAUCAAAAAGGCAGUGUUCACAAACCUGGAGGAAAGCACUGAGUACAUUGUGAGAAUAAGAUCGUACACCAAACAAGGUGCGGGUCCGUUCAGCGAAAAGAAAAUUAUCUCCACCGAGCGAGAUAUGGGACGCGCACCACUCUCGGUACAAGCAGUAGCAACUUCAGAGCAAACAGUUGAAGUUUGGUGGGAACCAGUGCCUUCUCGUGGAAAACUCGUUGGUUAUAAAAUAUUCUACACGAUGACCGCCGUUGAGGAUCUAGAUGAAUGGCAAACGAAAGUGGUUGGUGUGACGGAAUCUGCCGAUUUGCUUAAUUUGGAGAAGUUUGCACAGUACGCAAUUGCAAUCGCUGCCCUGUACAAGAACGGUCCUGGUCGACUGAGCGAAAAAGUCACAGUUAAGGUGAAACCGGAGGAUGUGCCCCUUAACUUGAGAGCGCACGAUGUCAGCACCCAUUCCAUGACCCUGAAUUGGGCUCCGCCAAUCCGACUUAAUCCCAUUAAUUACAAAAUAUCUUUCGACGCCGUCAAGGAGUUCGUCGAUUCGCAAGGUAUCCCACAGAAACAAAUUCUCCCGAAGCGGGAGAUCGUUCUCAAAAGUCACGUCACGUCUCAUACAAUCGGUGAACUGUCGCCGUUCACCACGUAUUUUGUGAACGUUAGUGCCAUUCCGACAGAUUAUUCGUAUAAACCUCCUACGAAGAUCACCGUCACAACUCAAAUGGCUGCUCCGCAACCAAUGGUACAGCCCGAUUUUUAUGGCGUAGUGAAUGGCGAAGAGAUCCAAGUAAUUCUACCGCAAGCUUCCGAGGAAUAUGGCCCUAUUUCGCACUACUACCUAAUAGUGGUUCCAGAGGACAAAUCCAAUCUUCACAAAUUGCCGGACCAGUUUCUGACCGAGGAUCUGCUGCCUAGUAAAACUCGAACGGAUCGACCGAACGCCCCAUACAUUGCCGCAAUGUUUCUGCAGCGGAACAUCCCGUACACCUUCCAUCUAGGCUCUGGUGAAACCAAUCACAACUUCACCAACAAAAAAUUGGAGCGCGGGAAACGCUACCGCAUUUUUGUACGAGCUGUUGUGGAUACCCCUCAAAAACAUCUCUACACAUCAAGUCCCUUCUCGGAGUUUCUAGCGCUGGACAUGAAGGAAGCUCCCACGGGAGAACCACCACACAGACCGAACCCAAAUGUUCCCCAGGAUCCGGAAAUUCUAAUUCGUGGCAAGAAUGAGGAACCGGGAAUGAUUUGGGUCGUCGGACCCAUUAUUGCCGCACUGGUUCUAUCUUCCUGCUUGGUGGUGGUGUAUUUCAUCCGUCGCCGAAGACAGCCGUACAAAACGCCUGACCAAGCGGCAGUUACAAGGCCACUGAUGGCCGCCGAUUUGGGAGCGGGUCCCGCACCUACAGAUCCGGUUGACAUGCGUCGACUGAACUUCCAAACACCCGGUAUGAUCAGCCAUCCGCCGAUCCCGAUAUCCGAGCUCGCAAACCACGUGGAGCGUUUGAAGGCCAACGAUAAUCUCAAGUUCUCCCAAGAAUACGAGAGUAUUGAACCGGGCCAGCAGUUCACCUGGGAUCACUCGAACAUGGAGGUCAACAAACCGAAGAACCGAUACGCGAAUGUAACAUCUUACGACCACAGUAGAGUGAUACUGCAGCCUAUCGAAGGCGUCCCCGGGUCGGAUUAUAUCAACGCAAACUACUGCGAUGGCUACAGGAAACACAAUGCCUACGUGGCAACGCAGGGCCCUCUCCAGGAAACGUUCGGUGAUUUCUGGCGAAUGUGUUGGGAGCUGAAGUCAUCCACUAUCGUAAUGAUGACACGUCUGGAGGAACGAUCCCGUAUCAAAUGCGACAUGUAUUGGCCUGCACGCGGCACCGAAGUGUAUGGAGUUAUGACAGUGACAAUCACAGAAACUCAGGAAUUAGCGACAUACAGCAUAAGAACCUUCCAAAUUUGCCGCAGUGGCAGCAACGAGCGAAGAGAAAUGAAGCAGCUUCAGUUCACUGCUUGGCCAGACCACGGUGUUCCGGACCAUCCCGCCCCGUUCCUACAGUUUUUGAAACGAACCAAGGCUCUAACUCCACCCGAUUCUGGGCCAAUCAUUGUGCAUUGCUCGGCGGGUGUUGGUAGAACCGGAUGCUACAUCGUGAUCGAUUCCAUGCUGGAACGAAUGCGUCACGAGAAAAUGAUCGACAUCUACGGCCACGUAACUUGCUUGCGAGCUCAACGUAAUUACAUGGUUCAAACUGAGGAUCAGUACAUCUUCAUACACGACGCACUGCUGGAAGCGGUCAUAUGUGGUAAUACCGAGGUACCGGCGCGAAGUCUACACGCUCAUAUCCAAAAGUUGAUGCAAACGGAAUCGGGAGAAAAUAUCACCGGAAUGGAGAUGGAGUUCAAGAAGCUGUCGAAUGUGAAGGCAGACUCGGCACGAUUCGUGACAGCGAACUUGCCCUGCAACAAGCACAAGAAUCGUUUGGUUCACAUACUUCCGUACGAGGCUUCACGGGUCUGUCUGACUCCUAUCCGAGGGGUCGAGGGUAGCGAUUACAUCAAUGCCAGCUUCGUGGAUGGAUAUCGAUACCGUAGCGCAUAUAUUGCUGCACAAGGUCCUCUGCAGGAAACGGCCGAAGACUUCUGGCGAAUGUUGUGGGAACAUAAUUCCACCAUUGUCGUGAUGUUAACCAAGCUUAAAGAAAUGGGACGGGAAAAAUGUUUCCAGUACUGGCCUCACGAGCGCUCAGUGCGAUACCAGUGCUACGUGGUAGAUCCAAUCGCCGAGUACAAUAUGCCACAGUACAAACUGCGUGAGUUCAAGGUAACGGAUGCACGCGACGGAUCCUCGCGCACCGUUCGCCAGUUCCAGUUCAUCGACUGGCCGGAACAGGGCGUACCAAAGUCGGGCGAGGGCUUCAUCGAUUUCAUCGGACAGGUGCACAAGACGAAGGAGCAAUUUGGUCAGGAUGGUCCCAUCACUGUGCACUGCAGUGCCGGCGUGGGACGGACCGGGGUGUUUAUCACACUCAGCAUAGUGCUGGAGCGGAUGCAAUACGAAGGCGUGCUGGACGUGUUCCAGACCGUACGAAUACUGCGUUCACAGCGGCCUGCGAUGGUACAAACCGAGGAUCAGUACCAGUUCUGCUACCGAGCCGCCCUGGAAUAUCUGGGAUCAUUCGACCACUAUGCCAACUAAAGUGUUCAAUGCCCACAAAACGACAUACGAAAGCCAUAGAACGCAAUAUGAUAUGAUAGCAAAUAUAACACACACACACAAAAUACUAUAACGAUGGAGUAGCAAUCGCCUCUAGAACAAGUACAUACCAGAUAACUCAAGAACCAUUCCAUUGUAUCGAAGAUGCUGCCAUGCCAGCAGCUCAUGUCAUCAUCGAGAGCAUCUCGUGUCAUCAUGCCCAUAUUCUUAGAUAAAGAACAAAGUGAAACAGAAUAGCUACAAAGUGAAGCAGUCAUGCUUCAUCUAGCGAUCACUUUUACAUAUUCAUAACACGAGCAAUUUGUACUCCCCUUUUGUAGGCGUGUACUCAUUUCGAUACAUGCAAUUCUAAAUAGCUCUCUAGGAAAUUUGAUCUUAUUUUUUUUAUAAUAACGUUGACAAACGUUCGAACCUCCACCAGUGCAUCCCCAUCGUGGCCGUUGCCAAGACAGGCAAGGACGGAUACAUCACACACACACACACCCUCAUCGCAUCGAUAGGUUUUGUCAAUCAACAGUAGCUGUGUUUAAGAAAUACAAUCUUUUCGAAACAAAAAAAAUCUACCGUAUAAAAAACUUAUAAAGCGAAAUUUGUCGUUUAACGAUUCAAAAUCAUCACUAGUUAGAAGGAAAUCUAUAGCAAAAAAGGAAAGAAUAUCAAAAACAUAGCGUCAGGUUUUAUAGCUAAUUUUCAACAGCAUCAACAACAAAAAAAAGAAGAGAAGGAGACAUCGUAAACAUUUUUCAGGAUAAAAAGUUACUACUUAAAUACUGCGGAGUAAGAACAAAGGAGCAUUCAAAUUACAGAAUAGCAAAAUAGUAAGCGCAAGCAGAAGGCAGCAAAACCAAUAGUUCAUUGCUGCACUUGCAAAAUUACGUUGUAUAUGUAAUGGACAAAACAAAAAUACAAGCACGAACAAACGCUUUAAUUUAAAUUGUAACUUGCCGGAUUGCACGGUGAAGCGGCAGAAGGAGGAGGAGGAUGUGUGCAUACAUGUAUAGUGGAAAUAACAUCUAUUUUUUUAUUAAGGAGGAGAAUGAACGCAAAUGUUGUGAAAUCUGUUGAAGCAGUGAGUUUAAAUUCAUCAGACUGAUAUUGUAAAAGUAAUAGCAACACUAUUGUAAAAAAGUGCAUCAUAUAGGUAUCGAAAGAGAGUAUAUAAGUGUAAGAAACAGAUAUAUUAGACAAGUUGACCCGUUUGGAUGAUGUGCAUACUAAGAUGGAUAAGGCUAAACUAUAUUAAGAAACUGCUUUAUGAUCAUAAGCGAAAGCUAAUAAUGUAGCAAAAAGCAUAUAUCACGAUAUAGACUAUUUAGCGGCUAGUUUAAGUUUAUACUGCUAGGUAACGGUACUUUCCUAGGCAUUGCAAAUGCUGCAAACGCGCGCGCAUUACAAUCCCACGCGAUGGGUAGUGGACGCAGUGGACUUAUUUUGAAGACUCGUUUACUUAUCAAUUCACCUUUUUGUGUUAGCAUUCAUCAUUCAUUGUCACCUGGACUUCUCAUUCUGUUAGUGGUAUGGUUGCAUUUCCGACGGGAUAAAUUUAUAUGUUAGACGAGAAUAAGAUAUGUAUAUGUUAGAUUCGGCGAGUAAGCGUAACCACUAGAGAUACUCAACAGGCAACUUUAUGUGAGCGAGAUAGCGAGCGUUCAAUAACGCGCUCAUACACUUAGCAGUCAUUAGUUAUCAGCACGUCCAUGUUUUGUUGUUGAACGUCCACACACACACAUACACACACACAAAAGUAAUCGAAUAGCAAAGUAACGCUGGUCUCAUCUUUGAGCGUUUGAGCAUAGAUGAACCUUCGACCCGGAUAGGGUAUUCCUAUCAAAUGCAUUACGACUUAGUUGCGACCACAACCCUACUUAUUUAUGGGGAAGGGAACUCAAACAAUUGAAGUAUGGUAUCUACCAUACUUUAUACAAGCAGAAUUUCUCAUUUUGACAUAGGUCUAAGAAGAUUUCUGAAGGCAGUCAAAGAUUACAACCCCAUGGUAUUUUCAGGGUAUGAUUCUGAAGCUUCUGAAGCCCAAAACUUCAGCUAGCGCUGCUAGUACGACUAGUUUACGAUGCUUACUCACCUUACCUAUCACACGAGAGCCGGAGUGACUCAUGCUGUUUCUAGAAGUCGUCUCCAUUCAACUCGAUUUUGGAUUGUUGGUCGCCAGGAUCCCUAUUAGGCGUCUCAGCACUCGCGAGUAACUUUCGAUCUAGUCGAGCCAUCGUGAGCGCUGUGCUCCUCUGUUUCUAGUGCCGGAGAAGCUGCAAAGAAGCAUUUCAACCGGAUUGUCGUCCGCCAGCCUUGCUACGUGUUCGGCCUACCGUAGUCAUCUGACUAUUGCCAGAUGUGCAAGGGGGGUCUCUCCUUUUGGGCAAAAACGGAAUUUACGAGAAAAUAAAAAACGUAAUAGGAAUACCGGUAAGUUUCUUCUUUUUUUUUCAAAAAUUAAUGCUUUAUUGUGCAAAAAUGAUUACAAAUUUAAUAUUCAAAGUAAUGCCCAUCACUAGUCACAACUUUUUCUCAUCUUUCUGGCAAUUCACGGAUCCCUUUGCGGAAAUAAUCGGCCGGUUUGUCGGCUAACCAUGAAUCGAUCCAAUUUUUGACUUCAUCAAAUUUGGAGAAGUACUGGUCAACCAGGCCAUGUUGCAUCGAUCGAAAAAGGUGGUAAUCGGAAGAAGCAAUGUCUGGAGAAUACAUCGGGUGGGAUAGGACCUCUCAUUUCAGCGUUUCCAAGUAUGUUUCGACCGGUUUCGUAACAUGCGACCAAGCAUUGUCGUGCUGCAAAAUUAUGGCCGUUUUUCCUUCAGUGCAUGGCUCAAACGCGUCAAUUAUCGUCGGUAGAGGUCCCCCGUAAUGGUUUCAUUCGGUUUUAGCAGCUCAUAGUACACCACACCCAGCUGGUCCCACCAAAUGACAGCAGAACCCUCUGGCCAUGAAUAUUCCGCGCGGCCGUCGAUGUUGAUGCAUAUCCAUAUCCAUACGUUGUCCGACGUUUAGGAUUGUCGUAAUGGACCCACUUUUCAUCGCCAGUAACGAUUCAAUGCAAAAAACCCUUUCUUAUAUAUCGUUGAAGCAGUUGUUCACACGUGAAAAAACGACGUUCGACGUCUCGUAGCUUCAAUUUAUACGGCACCAAAUGUCCUAUCUUUUUGAUCAAUCCCAUUACUUUUAAUUAAUAUGGUUUGUUGAGCUAAUCCAAGUGUAUCUGCAAGUUCUUGUUGCAUUUAUGAAGGAUCUUGAACCAGUAAAGCCUCCAAUUCUUCGUCUUCCAAGUCAAAAUUACCACUUUUAAAUCGUGCAAACCACGUCUGGCACGUUCGUUCAGUUUGAAGCAUGGUCACCAUAAACUUCCACCUAAAUUCGAUGACUUUCCGCAGAUUUUUCUUCAUAUUGAAGUAAUGAAGUAACCCUACCCGCAAAAACACUCUCGUUGGUACGAAAUUCGACACAUUCGAAGUGGCAAAAACCUAUGUUGUCCAUCGUAUGACUCGUGCAUGCUGGAUAAAAUAAUCGCAACCAGCCAAUAUUCCUUCAGUGAAUCACCCAUACUCGAAAGACGAUUCGAAAGCUGAAUGAUUUCAGCGAGAUGUUCUGCCAUAUUCCCAUGCUCUGGCAGCUGUAACCGGAUAAAAUUCCGCAAGACAUGAAUUUUUAAUGAAAGCGUCCAACGAGCGUGAUGUUUUCGCAACGCCUCCCACAUUUCGCGGGCUGUUGUUGAACGGAACGUGUUGUUGUUGGAACGUGGCAAGUUUGGCUAUCCUCAAUGGACAACCCAAUCAUAGCACGCGCCUUACCGUCUUUGUCUUUGGGAACCCAGGCAGCAUCAGGCUCAGCGGGCUUCUGCUUCUUCACAACGUCCUUCAAUCCUUCCUUCGUCAGCAAUAGGUUGAUGUUGUUGAUCGUUUAAACGCCGGUAGUCCAAAUUUAUGCUUUUGUAGAUUCCGUGAAGCAUGUUUGAGAGGAAGUUUUUCGUCUCGCUGAAGUUGGCUUUGUCGAAGUCGAAGAACGUGCUCUCUGUCAUUUCUUUGUAAUCACGGUGUACGCAAAAAUCAAUGCUGACCAGUAAAGGUGGUGAUGCAGGCAACUAUUCACGAGCGGGGCAGGAGCCAGUAUUACAAAGCAACUAGAACAUAUUUUCUCACUUACAAAGCAGAGGUCAAGCAUACGGUUGUUACGAUUAGGAACUCCACUCUUUUGUCCGAGUCUUGAAGUACGAUAAGCCGCGAGUAUUCUGCUCCCAUCUAACGUCACGUAAGUUGAAAUCAUCAAGUAUCGUCAAACUGUCCUUUGCACCCAUAAGAGAGACGAUCCAGCCAAGCGACAACAAGUGCUUUACGAUUAGAGUAUUAUCGUUUACACGGUCCGGAGGAAUGUACAUCACCCAAAUGAGGAGCUUUCAAGCUUUCGGGAGGGGAUAGUAACCGCGACUUAUAGCUAGAACGAUUAGCUAUCAAAACUCCGCCGCCAGAACUUCCAAUCGUCGUCUUUUUUCGUUGCCUAGGCCGAUACCGAUUGUUCCGUUCCGUGUUUCCUUCUUGAUUGUUCGUAGUAAUUUGUUUCUCACCUUACUAUGGCGAUGGCUAGCCUCGUGACGGGACUCCCGUCUAAGGUGUAGCUGGCAAGACACAGUAUUUCAUAUCUCAGUCGCUCCUCUGGAGUACCGCCGCUGUUUGAGCCGCCCCUAACCUGGAGUACAGCGGCUCCGUUGUGUGGCUCAUUUAGCGUUACCCAGGAUGCACUGCGCGAAGGCGAACUACUUUACAUCCCAGCUUACGAUGCUAGUACAAUUAAAAUUUCAGGCUCCCCUAUCGUCUUGCAGCUUUUAUAUGAACAUUUCUUCGUUGUUGAUCUAAUCAAGGUUUUCCCUCACAUCUACUUCGGAAUUUACGAAUUAUUUCCAAGAACCAUUUGCUGGUUUUUCCAAUCAGAAAAAAGUAAACAAACAUAAUCUUAUAAUAUGGCUGACGAAUUUUAAUUGAGCCCUGAUCAAAUGAUCAAUGAUAUUUGUUAUGGAAAUUUUCCGAAUACCAUUUCUACUGCAUUCAUUGCAGCAAAUGAGUCUGCAUGGAAUUGUCGCAGUCUGUUUCGACUUUGAUUAACAGAUCAGUCGAACCUUAAAUCUUCGCUGUCUUAAAUGUUAUGUUUACGGACUUUGGAGAAAGGCAAAAUCACGAAGGUGGGGGACUUCAAAUUUCUGCAUUCAGUCUUACCUAUCUGAAAAUCUAAAGUUUAUUACAACACCUGUAUAUCUCAAACAGAAAAAAAAUCCCACGGGAACCCGGACAAUGCAAACCUGUUUAUUAUCCGCUUAACGAGACGUAUUAUUGAAAUUUAAUUACAUCAAUAAUAUCACCCCGUAUGUGUCAACGCUACAAUAAGUUCUAAUUAGGUAUUAGUAUAGUUAAGUAUGGAAAGAAUAUUCGAUAUACAAACAAACGCAGUAGCGAUAGAAGCCAACAGCAUUAUCCUUUAAGUGUCAUAUGAGUGGAAUUUACUUCCGAAACGCACGCAGACGUAACAUGUAGAAGUUAGUUCUAUUUCUUCACUCGUACUAAAAAAUAUCAAUAGGUUCCCAUUAUUCAUUUGGUGCGAACCAUCUCCUUCAUUUAUUUCAUUAUUUUUCAUAUACUCAACACGUUAACUAUGGUUACUAGGGUGCAGCUAUGAACGAAUCUAAUGAAACCAAAACGAGGCCAUACAUUCGCAAGUUUUGUUUAGAAACAUUGUUACAGCACACAAUUUGAUUAUUGUUCAGUUAGAUAGUUUAUGUUGUUAAUCGAAUCGGUAUUAUUUUUUUUAUCAUUCCAUUCCCCAUUUGAAGCCCGUUAAAUUUUCCCGUACAGUAAACAAGGCUGACCACACUUAAACCGUGACAACUCGUUCUUCCCUUUUGUUAUAUCUUUUAACCGGGUUAUUUAGUUACAGAUAUCAGAUACCCCGUGAUAUGUCCACCAGUCAUUUCGUAGCCAACUGAAAAAUUAGAAACUGUUCCAAGAAGAAGUUUACACCCAACCGAAUGCAAACGGCAUAUAAUCUAUGUACAGUUCACCCAGAAUUCCCCCCCGUAACAGUGUUACACUCGUUGGUAAUGGUAAAAACGUUUUUAUCACAUUAUUAAUAGAAUCGGUAAACUAGUUGAUGAUUCGCGUAUUACUUUUAUUACACACAAAGGGAACAGGACAAGAUGUUAUUUUAUUGCAGAGCGAAGGUAACGAUUUAAGCAAAAUAUAUAACACGAAUAUUUUUGUAUGAAUGUGGAUAGGAAAUUAUCGCUUAGGAUUGGAAUGUUGGGUAUGUAGUUAAGUACUGGGAGAUUAGGAGGGUGCGGCAGCUAGUGUCCACGAAUGGGUGAAUGAAGAAUGAUUAGAAUUGAACAUGUGUUUCCAUCAGUUGAACAGAGGUAAAUAAUCAUGGCAAAUAUAUCAGUAAAACAUUUUAUUUUACAGAGAGAAUGGUGAAAAAUUAUGCAAGAUGGAGCAGAUAAUGUCGAAAAUGAUUUAGGUUAUACCUAUAAUAAACUAUUAAAUUUAAAACAA